AGCUCAUGAGCUCAGCAGUUCACCGGCUCAGGGCCUGGCAGGAGGCUGUGACCUCGGCCCGAAGGGAUCAGAGCGGGCCUUCAGGGAGACCGUGUUUGGGGACCAGUGUCUGCUACCUUGUCUACUACCUCGGGAUUCGUUUCCAGACGCGAGCGGGAGGGGCUGCAGUGGGGACCUGGGCGAGCUCCAGCUCCUCCAGUGCCCUCCACGGCAGCCCUCGUUCCGGGGUCUGUGCCAUUGGCCUCGGGUGGCCCUACGCUCGGUCCCUGAAAAGGAGAAGGUGGUACAUGGGGGAGCUGGCUUAGCUGGAACCGGGCGGUGCCAGCCUGGCGCGUUGUUUAUUUGCAUUCCAAUCGACCUGCACGUAGCCGGCUAUUUAUGACCCUGGACCUUGGCCGGGCUCCACCGCGGGCGGCUUCCCAGCCUGGAGCGCAGCAGGGUGCCUGUCCCAGGAAGCCCGGAGCUGGGAGGGGAUGGAGGGCUCCUGGUCCUGAGACCCCAUGUGCGGCUGGCGGAAGUGGCCCCGGGACGGCGAGAUGCCCUCGGAGCACAGGGACGUCCUGGUGCUGCUCCCCACGCGGGAACGGCUGCGGCUGGUCGUGGGGGUGCAGGCCGCCGGGCACGAGCUCUUCCAGCAGGUAUGCGACCUGGCCGGCAUCAGAGAAGCCCACUUCUUUGGCCUCAGUGUGAUAAGAAACAGCGAGCACGUCUUCAUGGAUUUGGAGCAGAAGCUCAGCAAAUACUUCUCAAAGGACUGGAAGAGAGAAAUGCAUAGAGGAAGUGGCAGGCCCGGUGCCCCCUUCGUGGCCUUCCUCAGGGUGCAGUACUACGUGGAAAACGGAAGGCUUAUCAGCGACAGGAGGGCCAGGCACCUGUACUACUGCCACCUGAAGGAGCGGGUGCUGCGGUCCCAGUGCGCCCACCGGGAGGAGGCCUACUUCCUGCUGGCUGCCUACGGGCUGCAGGCCGACCUGGGCAAUUACCGCGAGCCGGCACACUCGGGGCGCUACUUUGAGCCGCAGGCCUACUUCCCGCAGUGGAUCAUCACCAAGAGGGGCAGCGCCUACAUCCUCCGGCACACGCCCGCCCUACACCGUGAGCAGCGGGGCCUGAGCCCCAAGGAGGCCGUGCUGCACUUCAUCCGGGAGGCCUGCCGGCUGCAGGACGUGCCCGUGCAUUUCUUCAGGCUGUACAAGGAUAAGAAGGAGGACCGACCUUCCAUUGUCCUGGGACUGACCCUCAGAGGAGUGCAGGUCUAUCAGGAGGUGAACCACGCUCCACAGCUGCUCUACGACUUCCCCUGGCACCACGUCGGGAAGCUGGUCUUUCUGGGCAAGAAGUUCGAGCUCUGGCCGGACGGGCUGCCCGCGGCCCGGAAGCUGGUGUACCGCACGGGCUGCCCCUGGCGCUCCCGCCACCUGCUGCACCUGCUCAGCACCAGCCACCAACUGCGCCUGACCCUGCAGCCCGCGCUGCAGCGGCUGCGGCAGCUGGAGGAGGCCCAAGAGAAGAAGUGCUACCGGGAGUCCUGCAUCAGCGACGUGCUGGAGCUGGACCUGGACCUGGACCCAGCCAGCAGGGCGUCCCCCCGCUCCCCUGGCAGCAGGGACAAUGGGGACGGAGGCUGGCAUCCCCCGCACCGCCUCUCACUCCUCUCGUCUGGCAGCCACUGCAGCUCCCACUCGUCGGGCAUCGAGGCCGACUCCCAGCUGGCGGGGCCCGCGGAGCCCGGGGAGAUGUCGGUGGAUGAGCCCUUCAUCGGGGCUGCAGCGCUCCACGGGGAGGAGCCACCCUGCAGCUCCAGCACCAGCCAGAGCAGCCGUGGCACAGUUGGUGGUGGCAGAGGUGGGCCUGAGGGCGACACCCGGGACCAGGGGGAAGCCUCUCCCCAGCAGCCCUUGGCCGUGGUGCGGGUCACGCUGGUGAGCACGAGGGCCCCGAGCGCUGAGGCCCUGCACCAGGUGCCGGAGGCCCGGGCGGCAGCCGACCCCGCGGACCCGCACAGCCGCAGCGUGGACGACGUGCGCCCCGCGCCCGCCCCGCGCUCCGCCCUGCGCUCGGCCCCGCGCCCCGCCCCGCGCAGUUGCCCCCUCCGCCGCGCGCUGGACCCCGGGCCGAGGAGGUCCGUGAACUCCCGCUCCCUGGACGUCCUCGGAGAAGACCAGCUCCCUGAGGAGUUUGUGGUGUAGACGCCUCGGGGCGCCGCUUCACCCCCGCAGGGCCCCGUCCACGCCGCACGCCUCCGCCCACUUGGCACUCUGUCCCUGCAGCGCCGCUCCAUCCACGCGGGGCUCCGUCCACGCCGCCUGGCUCUGUCCAUCUGUCCAUCCGCGUCUCGCCGGCCCUCUCUGCCCUGGAGGCUCCCGCCUCCCACCGCCAGGCUGAACGGGGCCUCUGGCACCGCCCCUUUUACCUGGCGGCUUUGCACCUUCACCUGUCUGAGGGGUGGAGCCAGCUCUGUCAGGCCUGGCGGUGCCGACUAGGUCUCACUUUCCCUGCUGCUCGGACUAUGGCCGGUCCGAGCAUCUUCCGUCCGCGUCUCCAGGAGGCAGAAGCCGAGGUCCGGGGCUCCAGUCUCUGCGCGGUGGCGCGUGGGCCGUGCUGCCUCUAACGCUUGAGGGAAGGUGUCUCAGCUCAGGGGUCCCCAACCGCCCGGCCGCGGCCUGUUAGGAGCCGGGCCGCACAGCAUGCCCUCCAGAGCUCGCAUUACCACCUGGACCAUCAUUUCUCCCCCCACCCCCGCCACCCCGCCUGUGGAAAGAUUGUCUUCCACCAAACCGGUCCCUCAUGCCAAAAAGUUUGUGGACCAAUGUCCUAGCUGCUCGCGGACAUUGGAGAGACCUCUGGGGUUCCCCUGCCACCAACUCCUCGAUGGACGGUGAGACCAGGAACAGCAAGCUUCCCGGGAGUCCUUGAGCGCACGGUCACCAUCGCUGUCACUGCACUGGCCACAGGGUCCCCAGACCACCCUCCCUGCAGCCCCUGCUGCUCACAGCCCUGGGCCCACUGGACAGGGGCGCCUCUGUGAGCCGUGGGCCCAGCUGCGUCACCCCAGACCCUCAGCAGAGCCCACCUCGUCCGCCGUGUGUACACAGAGGCACCGGGCCUGGAACCUCACAGCCACAUGGACACUGGUCCCGUGGAGCUGGUGGCAGGAAGUGGGAGGCGCAGGCUAAGGAGGAAGCCGUGAUCUACUCUGACUCAUAGAAGGAAGGCUCCAGAAGAAAGCCCGCCAGCGCAGAGCCUGAGUUUUCUCCUUUCCCAUCAUAAGUCAGGCUCUGAAGGUGGUCUUUCCCCACCUCCUGCCCCAGUAUCCACCCAUCCCGGAGGGCGUCUGGGCACCAGGGAGCCGUGGCAUCUAGUCAGCACUGGUCACCCCUCCCCACCGGCCAUUCAUUGCCACUGCCCCCUCCCCGAGUCAGAAGACUGGAUGGGAGGUGGGGACAGGGAUGGGGCCGGACUGCCAACCCCCCGCAUCUGGGGCAGGAGACCCCUUCCGAGCUUCGCCACCUCUCCAGUUGGCGGCUCCACAAGUGGCUGAACGGCUGAGUGGAGUUUCACAGCGAUUUCUGGAAAGGCAUAUUGAGGGACUUUGACCUUCGCUGGGGGCCGUACUGGCUGGUGAUUAAGAGGCCGGUGAGCAGGCCGAGUGUCCCACUUGGGGCUGGACCCGCCGGGGUCGGGGCGCCAGGGGGGUGGGCUGUAGUUAACGCUGUGCUUUCCCAUCCAAGUCAGGGCAGCUGCCCCAGGGCUGAGACAUGGCCCCCACCGCGCCUCCAGGGCCCUGCGUGCAGGGGGCCUCCUCGAACCAUCCACGUCAUGGACAGUGCAGAGUGGCUGCGCUGAGCCCAGAUGGUGGAGGGAGCUGGCCUCAGGCUGGCGCUCUGUGUCCCCAGAGGGAAAGGCAGGGCUGGUGCCGUGUCUCACCUAUCUCCUGACCCCAGCUGGGCCCUGCAUUCCUUGCUCUGGAACAGGUGGGACUCCACGGGUAACAACACCCUCCCAGCCUGAGGCUGGUGACAGGCA